AAUUUCCCGGCGGGCUUUGCUCCUGGUCGUGGGGUAUGGUGGGCUUUUCAGUGGUAUCCUCACUUGAGUGGAAAUCUGGGGGAUACCCUUUUAGUCCUGGGGGUAGAGUGACUGCUUGCGAGUCGGUUCAGCAGUGCCUCAGGGACAGAGUCAGGCUGGAGGGGAAUCUGGAUCUGGGCAGCUCCUGGACCAACAGAAUGGAGCAGGAGAAUCAGCGCUGGUCUCCGUCUAUGUACAUCUGGACUUUUCAGAUAAGACCUGGCCCCAUGAAGUCUCCAGGACCCUGACUCUCCCGGCUGCCUCAGCUUCCUCUUCCCCAAGGCCUCUUCUCACUGGCCUCAGACUCACAACAGAGUGUAAUGUCAACCACGAGGGGAAUUUCUAUUGUGCUUGCCUCUCUGGCUACCAGUGGAACACCAGCAUCUGCCUCCAUUACCCUCCUUGUCAAAGCCCCCAGAACCAGCAGCCUUGUGGCUGCCUUGUCUUCAGCCAUCCUGAACCCGGGUACUGCCAGUUGCUGCCACCUGGUGAGGAAGGUUGGGAACUUGGAAACCAAUGACCUUAAGUGAAAUGAAUGCUCUCAGUGUGUUUUUCCUCUCUGAACCUGUAGUUUGGCCAGCUGGUCCAAGCACAGCUGCUCCUCUGGGUGGGAGAAAAAGCCAGCCAUCACAGCAGAUCACAGGCCCUGAGCUUGGAACCUGAGUAGGGAGACUAAUGAGGGGGGCCCCAGAGACAUAAGGACAGGGAGAGAACGUGCUGGAGUAACCCUGCUUUUUACCCUAGGAGGCAGGAAGCAGUUCCAGCAGCCCCAAGAUGCCUGGAGGAGGGAGAGGCAUAGACCAAAAAGUCCCCGGGACCCUCAGCCUGAACUCCCAGCUGCAGAUGCCUGGUGACACACUGAGCCUGACUCUCCUGCUGAGCCAGGAGGCCACCGACCUGAGCUGGUUCCUGAGGCACCCAGGGAGCCCCAGUCCCAUCCUCCUGCAGCCAGGGACACAGGUGUCUGUGACUUCCAGCCACGGCCAGGCUGCCCUCAGUGUCUCCAACAUGUCCCAUCACUGGGCAGGUGAGUACAUGAGCUGCUUUGAGGCCCAGGGCUUCAAGUGGAACCUGCACGAGGUGGUGAGGGUGCCCUUGAAGGCGACAGAUGUGGCUCGACUUCCAGACCAGCUGUCCAUCUCCUGUGCCACCUCCCCUGGCUUCCAGCUGAGCUGCUGCAUCCCCAGCACAAACCUGGCCUACACCGCGACCUGGAGCCCUGGAGAGGGCAGCAAAGCCUCCUCCUUCAAUGAGUCAGGCUCUCAGUGCUUUGUGUUGGCUGUUCAGCACUGCCCAAUGACUGACACCGUGUACACUUGUGACCUGCAGAGCCCUGGCCUGGCUCCACUCAGGGUCCCCAUCUCCAUCACCAUCAUCCAGGAUGGGGACAUCACCUGCCCUGAGGACACCUCAGUGCUUACCUGGAAUGUCACCAAGGCUGGCCACAUGGCACAGGCCCCAUGUCCUGAGAGCAAGAGGGGCAUAGUGAGGAGGUUUUGUGCAGCUGACGGAGUCUGGGGGCCUGUCCACAGCAGCUGCACAGAUGCGAGGCUCCUGGCCUUGUUCGUUAGAGCCAAGCUGCUGCAGGCAGGCCAGGGCAGUCCUGCUGAGGAGGUACCACAGAUCCUGGCACAGCUGCCAGGGCAGGCGGCAGAGGCAAGUUCACCCUCCGACUUACUGACCCUGCUGAGCACCAUGAAAUACCUGGCCAAGGCGGUGGCAAAGGCCAGAAUACAGCUUGACCGCAGCGCCCUGAAGAAUCUCCUGAUUGCCACAGACAAGGUCCUAGAUAUGGACACCAGGUCUCUGUGGACCCUGGCCCAAGCCCGGAAGCCCUGGGCAGGCUCAACUCUCCUGCUGGCUGUGGAGACCCUGGCAUGCAGCCUGUGCCCACAGGACCACCCCUUCACCUUCAGCUUGCCCAAUGUGCUGCUGCAGAGCCAGCUGUUUGGACCCACGUUUCCUGCUGACUACAGCAUCUCCUUCCCUACUCGGCCCCCACUGCAGGCUCAGAUUCCCAGGCACUCACUGGCCCCACUGGUCCGUAAUGGAACUGAAAUAAGUAUUACUAGCCUGGUGUUGCGAAAACUGGACCACCUUCUGCCUUCAAACUAUGGACAAGGGCUGGGGAAUUCCCUCUAUGCCACUCCUGGCCUGGUCCUUGUCAUUUCCAUCAUGGCAGGCGACCAGGCCUUCAGCCAGGGCGAGGUCAUCAUGGAUUUUGGGAACACAGAUGGUUCCCCUCACUGUGUCUUCUGGGAUCACAGCCUCUUCCAGGGCAGGGGGGGUUGGUCCAAAGAAGGGUGCCAGGCACAGGCGGCCAGUGGCAGCCCCACUGCUCGGUGCCUCUGCCAGCACCUCACUGCCUUCUCCGUCCUCAUGUCCCCACACACUGUUCCGGAAGAACCCGCUCUGGCGCUGCUGACUCAAGUGGGCUUGGGAGCUUCCAUACUGGCGCUGCUUGUGUGCCUGGGUGUGUACAGGCUGGUCUGGAGAGUCGUGGUGCGGAACAAGGUCUCCUAUUUCCGCCACGCCGCCCUGCUCAACAUGGUGCUCUGCUUGCUGGCCGCAGACACUUGCUUCCUAGGCGCCCCCUUCCUCCCUCCAGGGCCCCGAAGCCCGCUUUGCCUGGCUGCCACCUUCCUCUGUCAUUUCCUCUACCUGGCCACCUUUUUCUGGAUGCUGGCGCAGGCCCUGGUGUUGGCCCACCAGCUGCUCUUUGUCUUUCACCAGCUGCCGAAGCACCGAGUUCUCCCCCUGAUGGUGCUUCUGGGCUACCUGUGCCCACUGGGGUUGGCGGGUGUCACCCUGGGGCUCUACCUACCUCAAGGGCAAUACCUGAGGGAGGGGGAAUGCUGGUUGGAUGGGAAGGGAGGGGCGUUAUACACCUUCGUGGGGCCAGUGCUGGCUAUUGUAGGUGUGAAUGGGCUGGUACUAGCCAUGGCCAUGCUGAAGUUGCUGAGACCUUCGCUGUCAGAGGGACCCCCAGCGGAGAAGCGCCAAGCUCUGCUGGGGGUGAUCAAAGCCCUGCUCAUUCUCACACCCAUCUUUGGCCUCACCUGGGGGCUGGGCCUGGCCACUCUGUUAGAGGAAGUCUCCGUGGUCCCUCAUUACAUCUUCACCAUUCUCAACACCCUCCAGGGUGUCUUCAUCCUAUUGUUUGGUUGCCUCAUGGACAAGAAGGUACAAGAAGCUUUGCGCAAACGCUUCUGCCGUGCCCAAGCCCCCAGCUCCACCAUCUCCCUGGUGAGUUGCUGGCUUCAGAUCCUCAGCUCUCCCUCUGAGAGCAUGUCAGAAGGCAUUCCACGGCCUUCCUCAGAGGACAUGGGCACAGCCAGAAGUUGAGAGAAGACUGCGGUUGUUUUUUAGAAUGAGCAGGUUUCAGGUUCCAGCUCCCCACCGGUGAAAUGAGCAGCCUGGUCAGAGCAGUCAGGAUCAGGGUCCCGGGUUCCUUAUUAUCACCUGGACUCCUGCUGAUUCUCUUGUCUCUGGUUUCUCCAUCUAAAAAUCUGCCUCCAGUUAGCAUUUGAAGGAAAAGUGUGGGAUCAGAACUCAUGGGAGUUAUUAUAGCGGAGAGCAAAAUUUCUAGGAUUCCUGCAGCCCAGGCAGGAGUGCAUGUGAGAAAGUAAAACGGAUACAACUUCUUCAAGGGAGAAUUGACAAUAAUAAUAAUCGCCCUGCAAUUGGGCCUUUUCACCCCUUCCUAGUCCACAAAUGAAGGCUACAUCUUGGAACACAGCAAAGGAGGAAGUGACACUGCCAGGUGAGAACUAGACUUUCUCAGGGGCAGUGUAAGCAGGGUGGAUUGAGGAUGGUGUGGCAAAGGCCAAACCAACUUUGCCAAACUCCUGGCAAAGUUCUGGAGAGAAGCCUCCUCUUUCUAUACUCAGCCCACACCAAAGGGUAGGAAACAGGUUUUUCUAGGGUAGCCAUUGCUAGAUGGGUGGGGGACGGUGGAAAUGUCAGAGAGCAGAAGGCAUAGCACCUUCUCUUGCUUUCCAAGAAAGCAAGAAGUUUCACCACCACCAGUCCUUGACUCAGUUUCUCUGAAAAUUCCUUUUCACAUUAUCACACUUCUUAUUAUCAUGAGAGUCAUGCCUUGAAGGGAUUGCCAUGGGUGGGCUUGGUAUCCAGAGGGGAGGGCAGCCUGCAGAAGUUGGGCGCGGUAUCCAUUCACCACUCCCGAGCUCUUUCACAGGAAGACAGAUGCUUCAGAGUGAACCACACACGGACCCAUGUUCCUGCAAGGGAGUUGAGGCUAUGUGCUUGAACCCACCAGAUGAGCCCUGGCCCAAUGCUCUGAACUCUUCCUGCCUCCCGGAGCUCAGCCCUUGAUAAAGUCAGGCUUCUAUUUCCCUUAGUCACACUCAUUUAUCUUACAGCUCACCCCUUCUCAUUUCUAAAGUAUCCAGCAAGAAUAGCAGGAAAAAUUAGCUAAAGGCACCUAAUGAAUAAGGCUGCCUUUGCUCCAGAAAUAAUCAACAGAUAUCAAAGUGCAUAAUAAUUACAAGUAAACUUUCUCAACCAGUUUUUAACUAUAACAAUACAUGUUGUGAAUGAAUAUGUUUGAUAAAAAUGGUUUUAAUUGACCUAUUCAGCGAUUUCUGAUGAUUUCUUUUGCAAUAGUUAUGAAGAAAGGACGACUUAAUUGACAGGAACCUCUGAUCUUCCAAACAUUGGAGAUGAAGGGCAGGACUUGGUUUGUCUCUUCUCAAGUUUAGGAAAAGAUGAAGUUAAUUGGUCCCUCUUUCUCUAACCUUUAAAAAAAAUAAAUAUAAAAUGUAAGUUUCACAACCGUAUCCAUGUAUAGAAAGAGGUAUUGAUUGAUAUGAGCACAUUGUAAGAAUAGGUUAUACAAAUUUAAAGUUUAAUAUAAAUUUAUAUCAAUUAAUAACAUUUAAUUUAUAUUUAAAAAU